UUCAAGAAUUGUUGUGAAGCGAACGGUUCCGGGAAGAAAAAUAUCAGCGAGAUGGCGCGCAGAAACGUCGCGAUGCGUUCGAUGCUGCUCUCGGAGCAGCCAUGGCGGCCCUUCCGCCGCCCGAUCCUUGCUGCCUCCCAUUCGAUCAUCCCUUCUCUUCUUCCCGAACCUAGAGUUAGGGCUACGUAGGGUACCGCUCCACUUCGGUGUUCUCGCGGCGACGCCCCGUCGGCGGCCUCCCCUCAGGAUGAACAAGGCCCGCCCCAGGAAGCCGUCCUCAAGGCGAUUUCCGGUUAAUUUGUAUCCCACGGUGAGGCGGUUUACUGCAAUAGGAACUGGAGAUGACGAAUUUGUCCAAUCAAUGGUUGUUGCUGUUGAAUCUGUGAUCCAAAAAUCAAUUCCAAAGGGUAGGGUGAGUCAGGAAGUAUCUUCAAGGGACAAGUAUGUGUCAGCAAAUAUUGGACCUAUUCGUGUUAUCUCAAGUGAGCAGGUCCAAGCUGUCUAUAAUGCCAUGAGAAGAUAUGACACGAUGAAGUACUUAUAAAUCAUAAUACACAUGUUUCUAAAAGUGGUUAUAAUGGUUCCAGUUGAAUUGACAUAAUCCAUGGCAAUUAGGAAGUUCUCAGGUAUACAAUAUUUUGAAUUUAGCUAGUUUCUUGCAAGUUCUUUUGCUUGUUUCCGUACGAUAGAUUUUCCAACUAUAUGAUUCCUGGCA